GCUGCAUUGCGUGAACUGUUCCAAAUGAAACAUCAAAUCACGGAGCUGGAUUCGUUGCAAGUCCGAUAUUUCAUUGCUUAAUGCGCAUGGCCCUGAAAACCGCCAAUUGCAAUUUAUCAAUCCUUUAUCCAUGCCAUGAAAAAUGAACAUACGAUUAUUUCUCUAGCAUAAUGCUUUGCCAUUAACAUAAGACUGUCAGAAUUCGAAACUUUUCAUAUGCUUAUUGCGUAAUAGUCGAGUCAGCAUUUAUGGCAGCCUGUUAUAAACAUGGACAAAAAGGUAGAGCACAUCCGUUAUUGCGUAGUCAAGUGCAAAUCUGUAAACUCCUCUCACUUCAUCACUAUUUCUAUCAGCUUCAGAUUCGAAAAAAAUGCCUCCAGAGGUCAAUGCACAAACCGAGAACAGCAUCAUCGCGUCACCAGUUAAUGUUAGACAGCUGCAACAUACUUCAGAUUGGGGUCAAGAGCAGAUGAAGUCGUUCCGCAUGUCGCUUAAAUCUGAAGAAUGGGCAUCAAAAUUUUACAAUAAGUAUCUGUACGAAGAAGCAAAAAACAUCAUAGUUGAACUCCCUUUGGGACCUGAAAAUUACAAAGAUCUGCCAGCUGUGCAAAAGCCGUUUCUCAAUCGACUUUUGCGUCUAAAGAGGUAUCCACAUUACCCAGGUGUCUCUAUUGCUUCUGUCUUGCUAGAACACACUGGAUUUGAGACCGAAAAGCUUAACUGCAUUGCCCAACCGAAGUUGGAAAAGAAGUUCGGAGACCUAACAUUGAUAUCUGACGCUGAUUAUGUAGCUAUUGGACCUUUGUCGCCCUUGGCGUAUAUGGUCGUAAUCGAAGACUUGAGCGGAAAAAAAACAUUUGAUGAAAGAAGACACCAAAUGGUCGGGGAUAUGCUGGUGGCAGCGACGACAAGGCACAACUUUUUCCUGCAAAACGAGUCUUAUGAUAUAUCGCCGCACAUUUACGGCAUGCUUUUAUGGAAGAGUGGAGUGAGAUUUUAUCAGGCGACUUUUGACCAUCAAGAUAUUGAUAAUCGACAAUCAAAACGCACAUUCUAUUAUAAAGACAUAGAUAUUCUUGAAAAUAGGUGCGUUCCCCUCGGUAACAACCAUAAAGAUUCGCUGUCAUUAUUCAACGCCGAUGACGGAAAGAUCAUAGCAUACAUACUCUCUGGUAUAAGAAAAGAGUGUGUAAACAGGCUUUCGUACCUUUUUUAUAAAGCAAAGCAAAGCAAAAAGCUGGAAUUAAUCAUAGCUGAGGUCCAUGUGAAUAUCCAUGGUCAUUCUGUGCUAGCUCUAUUCUUAGCCUUUCAAACACCGUAUUAAAGUAUAUGUGCAGAGCUUAGUGUUUUUUGGGGAUGCGGACAGGAUGUCGAUUGGUCAGGCUGUCAAUUUUACACACUUUGAUGGAUUGUGUCGCUUACAGCAAAAUGACUAAUGCGUUAUCAUUUCAAAAAAUGACUAUUGAAGCAUGUUGAAUUUAUCUGUAGUCAUUCACUUUACAGGGUGAUAUGGUUUGGCGAGCGG